UCUGGCAACUGCGUGGUGGGCAGGUCAUGCUUCCGUAAGCGGGGCGUUCGUACAUGUGAUAGCGAGGACGGAAAACUGUUUUGUCCCGAGUUAAUUUCUUCCGUAAAGCGCCUUCGUCAUCGACGUCUCUCAAGACUGUUGGUAACGCCACCAAGACCUGGAACAACGGUAAAUCCAAUGAAGCCUGGCGGCGCUCGCAACUCAGGAAGAUCCAUGUAAAAAGCAAGCUCGAAAUUGAAAGUAAAUCGUAUCAACUACCCAACAAUGAAGAAGCAGUUGUCAGAAGUACUCUGUGAAUGAUACAAUAAACAUCUCGCAAGGAAAUGCAAACUUCAAGAAGAAAUCAAGGGGCUAAGACGUCCGAUCACAAUGUAGUUUGAAAAGGUCCAGAAGAAGCUUCCGAAGCAACAGACAAAACCGGCCGACGAUUCCAGCACUCUCGACUCAAGCACAUUCCAAGGAUCAUGGAGUUUGGGCUCGACGCUUCCACGCUUCAGCUAUGCGCUCAGGCGAGAGGUCGGGUGUCAGGCUGUCCAACCCAUCUGACGGUCUCCAGUUACCGAGACCUUCUCCAUCAGCUUCCUCACUCAGCACAGCCGGAUCAGGCCAGGGGAGCUGCGUUAUAUGUGACGGCUGUGGUGGUCUUCUACGUGGCCCUCCUGCUGGUGUUAGUGGGAGGAGGCCUGCGCAGGAGAGCCGCCAGAACGAACACCAGUCCCUCAGGCCGACGCCACAUCCUCACCUACUCCCCCUCCUCCCGGACGGCCACACCAGCCCUCGCUGACCACCACCCGCAGCCAGACGCCUCGGCAACCCAGGUGUAGCCAAGUGUCGACACCUGGCGACCUCGACAAAGAGGAUCUCCUCAAACCAACCCUCAAUGGCCUCUUUCUUCCAGAUGUGUCGUUUACAAAGCCCACUUUGUAUAUAUGGAAUAAUACCAGUAUUGACAUAUUUAUCAUUCAGUUCGUUUUGCCGUUCUUUCUAAAAGAUGUGUCCAUUCGUUCUUCACAGGAUGUACAAGUUUUCCAAAUCGUGGGAUGGCUGCUAUAUAAUUUUGAUAUCAUCAGAUUACGUUAAUUUUAGUGUCAAAGAGUCAACUUUAAAUCAGAGUCAUAUCUCAUUACGUAAGGCAAUGUCACGCGGCUAUCGUAUUUUUGACUUGCAUCGCCACAGUCUUGCCAGAAAGCUUUGCGCCAAGUAGCCAAUUUUGGGGUCAAAGCUGAAGUAAAAAAUGCUCCCUGAGCUGGCACAAAAGCAGGAGUGGCUUCAGUUUCACCAACAGUAUUGGGCACUUAGAGAAAAGCUCGACAAGUGCUGACAGAUGUCAAGAGACCGUUCUCGCUUUGUGUAAUUUAUUUCCUGAUAUUCUAGGAGGGUCUUUUUCUAGAGUUGUUUUAUGAUGAUCCAUAUUCUGACAAAACUCCCAAAUAACACUCACAAGAAAAAAAAACAUCGUAAUCAUUCAAUGUAAUAAAUUAUUGGUAAAAACAGCAAAUCUAUAACACACACACACACACACACACACACACACACACACACACAUAUAUAUAUAUAUAUAUAUAUAUAUAUAUAUAUAUAUAUAUAUAUAUAUAUAUAUA